CGCGCAGCCGCGGUCUCCCUAGUUGUCUACCUUAGCCGCGGUCAGCGUAGUUUUCGACGCGGUCGUCCUAGCCGAGCCGCGGGCGCCGCCGCAGGGAGGGAGCGGCGCUGCGGCCGCCGCCGUCCGAGGACGCCUCGUAUUCUGGGGCCCGGCACGGUGGCUGCGGGCUCGCCAAGCGCAGCCCGCCUAGGAGGAAGGCGGCGGCUCGCGUCCAGCGGGCCGCCGGAGCCGGGAGGAGACCAUGUCCGGGAGGCGCCCUCAGUUCUCCACGACCGAGCGCGUCAUCAAAGCUGUCCCCUUUCCUCCAACCCGACGGCUAACUUUGAAGGAAGUAUUUGAGAAUGGGAAACCUAAAAUGGAUGUUUUGAAAAACCAUUUGGUAAAAGAAGGCCGGGUAGAAGAGGACGUAGCCUUAAAGAUAAUCAAUGAUGGGGCUGCCAUCCUGAAGCAAGAGAAGACUAUGCUAGAAGUGGAAGCUCCAAUCACAGUGUGUGGUGAUGUUCAUGGACAAUUCUUUGACCUGAUGAAGUUGUUUGAAGUUGGGGGAUCACCUAGUAAUACUCGCUAUCUCUUCCUGGGUGACUAUGUGGACAGAGGCUAUUUCAGUAUAGAGUGUGUGCUGUAUCUGUGGAGCUUAAAGAUUAACCAUCCUAAAACAUUGUUUCUGCUUCGAGGGAAUCAUGAAUGCAGGCAUCUUACAGAGUACUUCACCUUCAAACAGGAAUGUCGGAUCAAGUAUUCAGAGCUGGUGUACGAAGCGUGCAUGCACACUUUCGACUGUCUUCCUCUUGCUGCCCUCUUAAACCAGCAGUUUCUCUGUGUACACGGAGGAAUGUCUCCUGAAAUUACUUGUUUAGACGACAUUAGGAAAUUAGAUAGGUUUGCUGAACCUCCUGCAUUUGGGCCAGUGUGCGAUCUGCUUUGGUCUGAUCCCUUAGAGGAUUAUGGUAGUGAGAAGACCCUGGAGCACUACACCCACAACACUGUCCGAGGCUGCUCCUACUUCUUCAGUUACCCUGCAGUUUGUGAAUUUUUACAGAACAAUAGUUUAUUAUCAAUAAUCAGAGCCCAUGAAGCCCAGGAUGCUGGGUACCGAAUGUACAGGAAGAACCACACAACUGGCUUUCCAUCACUCAUUACAAUUUUCUCUGCCCCCAAUUACCUAGAUGUCUAUAACAAUAAAGCUGCAGUAUUGAAAUAUGAAAACAAUGUCAUGAACAUCAGGCAGUUCAACUGUUCUCCACACCCUUACUGGCUCCCAAACUUCAUGGAUGUUUUCACAUGGUCUUUGCCUUUUGUUGGAGAAAAAGUCACAGAGAUGUUGGUCAAUAUUCUCAACAUAUGCUCGGAUGAAGAAAUGUCCUUAGUCGAAGAGGAAGGAGCCACUUCAGUUCGAAAAGAAGUCAUCAGGAAUAAAAUCCGAGCCAUUGGGAAAAUGGCACGGGUCUUUACAGUUCUUCGGGAAGAGAGUGAGAAUGUGCUGAUUCUCAAGGGCCUCACUCCCACAGGCACACUCCCACUCGGGGUCCUCUCUGGAGGAAAGCAGACCAUUGAGACUGGUGAGUACGAAGAUGCCCCUUCCUAAAAGGUGUGCCCCCAUCACCAGGAGUGGUGACUUUGUUUAGAGCCUGGUGCUAGAGCAAUGGAUAUUUAUCUAUCUAGGGAAGCAGGAAUCAUUACCCUUAUUCUUCUUGUACACAAAAUAAUUCAAAGUACAUUGUGAUUUAAAUGCAAACGUUGAAAUAAAUUUAGGGGGAAAAAGUGUAGAAAGUAGGCAUUGGAGUAGGCAAAGUCUAAUAAGAGACAGAAAGUACUGAGCUUAAAAGAAAGUAAAGGUUAUUAAAAUUAAAUUCCCCUUAUGAAAAUACAUAAUCAAGAGAAGGAAGAGGCAAGCCACAGAGAAGAUUUCUGCACUACCUAUUUCUGACAAAGGCCUUGUUUCAAGAUAGACAAUUUUUUUCACCAAGGAGGAUUUGAAGAUGGCCAGCAAACAUCUAUGAAGAUGCCCAGCAUAGUUACUUAUCUGGAAGAUGAAUAUUAAAGCCUAGUGAAAUAUUACUGCAUACCCACAAGAAUGCCUGAAAUUUUAAAAUGUGACAAGAUGAAGAAUUGGUGUGUCUCUGAAGGACUGGACUAGAUAUAGGCUAGUGGGCUUAUAAACAGACUCAACCAUUGUGGCCAGCCAAUAGCCAAUAAACUACAGACAUUUGGACCCAUACCCUCACCUCCAGGAAUAUCCAAG